ACGAUGACACUUUUCCACUUUGGAAAUUGUGUGGCGUUAGCAUAUGUGCCAUAUGCAAUUGUUUACAAAUGUUCAGGAUUGGCAGAGUACAGUGCAUUUUGGAAAUGUGUUCAAGCAGGGGCAGCCUACCUUUUCACACAGCUCUGUAAAAUGCUGGUAUUGGCCACCUUUUUCCCAUCAACAGAAUUUUCUCCAGAGGGAGUGGAUAUCCUAGGGGAAUUUUUGAAGUGUACUGUAGACUUGGCUGACCUGGUUGGAAUUCAUCUGGUGAUGACAAGGAUUGCAGGAAAGGGACAGUUAAAAUUCAUGGUGGCUGGGUUAGGCUGGGCCACAGCUGAGUUACUUAUGACAAGGUUCAUCCCACUUUGGGUUGGAGCAAGAGGUGUUGAAUUUGACUGGAAGUACAUCCAGAUGUGUUUCGAAUCUAACAUCAAUUUGGUGCAUCACAUUACAACAGCCAUGUUGGUCUGGUUACGCAGUAGACAUGAUCUUCAGAAGUCGUUUAUACCGGUCGUCAUGACAUUAUUGGCCCUCAGCUGUUAUAGACCACUCAUUGUGGAGAUUCUGAUUCAUGCAUUAGGGCUAGGAUCCUGGACCCUCCUCACUGCUAAGGCUCUGUUUACAACAACCGUGAGUGUAGUGGGACUACAGAUUUUCCUAGGACUCUCUGUACAAACUUCUAAUUCUCACUACUGAGAAUCAAUGAUCUUCAUUGAACAACGUCUUAAGGAAAUGUUUGACAGUGCAAGUUUAUUACUAAUGUAUAGAUGAAUAAGAGUUUUAUGUAGCUAUGUUGAUUGAUGAGAAGGAAAAUUAUUGUGCAAUAUGCAUGGUACAUGUUGAUUUUAUGGUAUGUGUGGUGUUCAUUUUGUUUCUAAAAACAUAUUUAAUGUUGUUUGUUUAAUGUGUUCCUAUAAUCAUAUCUGUUUAUCAAUCUUAUCAUGUUUAUCUGAAGAAUAGAUUAACUGUUUUAAAUACACAUAUUUUGUGC